UUCAUAAAACUUGAAUUUUAAGUGGUUUCACUCGGCACACCUCGGCCGAUUCGUAUCUCAUCUAACCUCAGCUGUAUCACGGGAAGCGCCAUUGGAACUACUUUUCCCAGCAGUAUAAAACCAAAAUGGCGGCCUCCAGUACACCGGUGAAAUGCUUGUACUUCUCUUCGAAUACUAGUAUUCAAGCAUGUGUAUUGUGUGCGAAGAAAUUAACUAAACGAUUACACUGCUUAGGUAAAUUUAGAUUAAUAAAACUGAAUUAUGUCAAAAUUUUUGAACAAUUUACAGGACUUGUACUUGAUCCGUUUUUAUUAUAUGAAAUGUAUGUAUGCGAAACGUGUGUGGGCAAGUGUCAAAGUUUCAUGGACUUUAAGCAAAAAUGUGUAGACAGUAUCGAGAAUUUCGUAAGUACGCACAAACGUCUUAAACGUUUACCCAAAACUCCACCGUCGUCAUUACGACAUUCAGUGGCCGAGCAGAUAGAAAGCUCGGUGGAGAAAUUGAGAAAGUUAGAGUUAGGUGGAACAAAAAAAUCAAGACAAAAACUCUCAUUUGAGUCGUGCAGUGACACCCAAGAAUCAACUCAAGACCCCAUCAUUACAUCUACACCCGACCAUAUUAAUUACUGCAAGUUCCAGCCAUUUAAUAUAGAAGAAAACGAUGCAGAUACUGAGACCAACCUUCUAGAUUUCUUCAAUAGCCAGGCAUUAUCGUCAUCAUCACCUUGCAGCAUGACAUCAACUAUAACAAAGUCCCUUGAAAAUGUGUGCAAGGGAAGAAACAGUGUUCUUUUCCAGAAAGACCCAUUUAUGUUGAUGAACAAAAGCUGGAUGAGAGAAGUUUCCUCAGAGAUAAGUGAGAAGUGUUCAGAACUUUUCCAGAUAUUGUUUGCUGCUAUUGGUGACCGAGUUUCUCCAGAAUCAAAGCUAGCAACAAUCUCCACAAUAUAUGGAAUGAUCCUACAUUGCAGAAAUGUGAAAGCCUGUGCCAUACAGCGUAUUAUUCUGCCUUAUGCAUACGAUACCAUGCAGACAACAAGAGGGCACAUAUAUGGCGAAGUAGUAAAACUGCUUACACAGGAGAUGUGAUGCAGUCAACUGUUCCUUACGUCAAUGGUUUGUAAACCUGAUAACUUUUAUAUUUGAAAAAAAACGAGCAAGUGUGAGCAUUAAAGAAUUAUAAUAAAU